AUGUCUCCAUAUCCACCUCAAAACCAAUCGCAUAACCCCGGUGGCAAUUUUCAAAUUUCUCAGCACCAAAUGUCUCCAUAUCCACCUCAAAACCAACCGCAUCACCCCGGUGGCAAUUUUCAAAAUUCUCAAUACCAAAUGUCUUCAUAUCCACCUCAAAACCAACCGCCUCACACCGGUGGCAAUGUUCAUAAUUCUCAGUACCAAAUGUUUUCAUAUACAUCUCAAAACCAACCACUUCACCUUGAUGAAAAUUUCACAAAUCCACAAUACCCCAUGCAUCCACCACAAUACCAAUUUCAAAGCCAAGCCCCUCCUACUGGUAGUACUGGUUCAAAAGUCUCUGAUACACAAUGUGAGGCUACGCCUGAUGAUACACAACACGAGGGUCUAGAUGAUAUUGAUCUUGAAGAUGAAGAUCAAUCUUCUGGAAAGAAACGCACCAGAUGGAGGGUUAAAGACGAUUUACUUCUUGUUCAAUCAUGGCUCAACAUUUCUAAGGAUCCGACGGUGGGAACUGAUCAAACAGCAUUAAAGUUUUAG